UUUCACUUUUACGUCCGCGACACACUCAGGCUACCUUCAUUCCAUCACGACCUCACGACCUCAUUUGCUUAAAGACAUUAUGAGCCAACGCAAGAAUGCUGCCAAUCAUCUCAAUGGCCGCAGUAUGGAAGAAAGCAAAGCUGCCGCGCUGCAGGAAUAUCAGGACACAGAGGGGCAUUUCUCGCUUGUUAGGAACUUUCGUCUUGCCGAUCUCAUCACCAUAUCUAACGGCGUAUGCGCCUCCUUAUCCAUAUUCAUGUCUGCCAAAUACCUCGUCACAGACGACGAGGAUUAUCUAUGGUCUGCGUUGAUGUUUCCGUAUGCGGGACUUAUGUUCGACUUCUUGGACGGAAAGGUCGCAAGGUGGAGGAACGAGAGUAGUAUGCUUGGGCAGGAGUUGGACAGCUUGGCAGAUUUAAUUUCGUUCGGUGUUGCCCCCGCAUUGCUCGCGUUCGUAGUAGGGUUGCGGACGUAUCUGGACACCGUCGUGCUGACAGGAUUCAUCUGCUGUGGCCUCGCGCGCCUGGCCCGCUUUAACGCGACGGUGGCGCUUAUCCCCAAGGACGCCAAAGGCAAGGCGAAUUACUUCGAGGGCCUGCCUAUCCCGUCCUCUCUGGCACUGGUUGCAGUCCUCACGUACUGGACCAAGAUGGGCUGGAUUGAGGGAAGGGAAGGGGUCCCAUUCGGAAUGGUUACGCUGUGGGGACCCAAGGGUGGGGAUGGGGAGAUGCAUAUUGCCAGCGUGGUGUUCGGAUUGUUGGCGGCGGCGAUGGUCAGCAAGACGUUGCGCAUACCAAAGAUAUGACGUGCGCUACUGCUCGUACGGCCUGAUAUUUACGCAGGAGGUGUCACGAUGAAGGUGGCAGUUGGAUUCAGACAUUACAAUACUAUCAUCAAGGAAUGCAUAUGUGGUAUAUUGUAUAGAGACAAUCUGUAAUGAGAAAAGAAAGAAGGAUGUGUACACGAAGUUGCCGC